UUAUUUUUAUUUAUUUUCACUUUUAUUUGAAUAAACAUUUCAAUUUAUUAUAUUCAAAAUUACCCAUUUUACAUUUCAUAAUGCUUUCUAUCUCUUGUCUGUUUUUUAAAUUCUCCUCCUAUCUGAUAAUAAUAAAUCUGAUAGGUAAUAUGUUUGCUGCUUUCCUAAUUUCUUUAUAAUAAGUCCCUUUUUACCUAGGUCAUGUGUCCAUUUUGAUCUUAUCUUGGUAAAUGGUAUAAGAUGUUGGUCUAUAUCUAGUUUCUGCCAAACUGCUUCCCACUUUUCCCCACAAUUUUUGCCAUUUCCCUAUCAUUUUGAUCACUAGCUGAUUUCAUCAUUUCUAUAUUUGUAUCUCAUUACAUGAGUAGGCAUUCAUUUUUAUUGAUUGGCUUUGUUUUUGGUUAAAUCCCUUUGAAUUCUUUUUUUUUCUGAGCAAAAAGAAAGCAUUACAUAUUACUAUCUUACAUGUUCUGGUCUUCUUUAUUUCAGUGAUUCUUUGAUCUCGUUGAUAGAGAAUGUGGAUCCUUAUUUCAUAGGAACAGAUCUCAACGCAGGUCUGCUUCCUUAUCUUGUGCCACUUGUGUUCUUGUUCUCUCACAAAGUAUUCAUAGACGAUCUAGCUGAAAUGCAUAAGAACUUUCCCUUCAGUGUUCAUAUUUUCAUUUCUCACCCCCAUGAAAUACAUAAUUUUUAAUGGGGAAAGUCAAUGUGCUAAAUGGGGCUGAAAAGGUGGUGAAGGAAGAUGGUGAAAUUUGGAGAGUCAUCAACAGAGCCCAGAAGGGAAUGAAAGAUGACUGCCCUUGACUUCCUCCCAUGAUGGAGAAUCCAGAAAGACUUUAUCAUUGGGAAAGUAGAUAAGAAUAGUAGAGGCAGGGUACAGUCUGUGAAGAUCCCAGGCACUAAGGGAAGAUAAAGGAGUGGGAAGCAGCUGAGGCAUGAUGGUCAAGCUCAAAUAGACUCAAUCAUCUGACAACACUAAUCUUGAUAUUCUAUAUGAGCGUGGGUGAAGAUUUUCAAGUUCACAUGCCCAAACUGCAAUUUCAAGCUGCAUAUGAGUCCCCCCCCUACCCUACAUUACCCUGGAGAGUGAAGGGAGGAAGUGCUCACUUUGGGGUGCUGGAAAGAGCAGUAAGGCAUGCAAAAAAAUAUCCUCUGGGAUGCUGGGAAGAAGGGAAAUGAGCAGCUCCCCCAGUAUUGGCUCUCCAUGCACAUCAAUACUUUGCCAAUGCUUUUCUAUACAGUGAUUCAAAUGUAACCCACCAAAGGUUGACAAUCCUAGGAGUCUCUUAUCUAUGUCUUUCUUGAACCUAGGAGGUAAUUGGUAAGGGCUUGCUGAAUUAGCUAAUAAAUGAGUUUAAAUAGGUUAAUUCUCUUGUGAGAAUCCAGUACGAUUUGGAUGUAUAGGGCUUUGAAAAGUUGAAAGUGUUAUGAAGAUGUCAUUUGUUCUCAUUAUUAGCAAUAUAAGUAUUUGUAUUAAAUGUCAUGCUGUGAAGCCAUCGGCUCUGCUGGUAUUCUGAUCUGUCACCUUCUAAACUGUUCUCAACCCACAGGUAGCUCAGCUUCCUGCACAGACAGUCUCCUUUUCUUUACACAGACUUCCAUAGCCAAUGAGAUGACUGAUGUUCACAGAGAUGCUUCCUGGGCUCUGAAUCUGGCCCAGCUAGAGCCAAGCUUUGCCAAAGAUCACUUUUCCUGGCACAGGGAAGCAGAUUUUAGGGACACAGCUGCUGAGCUUUGGCACAGAUGCCAGCUUUUCCUUUUUUUUUUCUUUGAUGGUCAUUCAGAAUUCCCAGGAUGCUGUCCAAAGUAGCAAGGAAAUGAAUCCCACAAGAGGCCAUCCCUUGGUGGGGAAGAGGAAGGGACGAGCAGGAAGCUCCUCUGGUUCUCUGGGGGAAGCUUUGCCGUUAAACUUCUUUUCCAGCACACACAUUGUCCAUGCUCCAAAUUUGGGCCACUGCAGAACUUUCAGGGCAGCUUUGUUUCAGAGAAUGGGAUCAAAUGAGAAAUUUGCCUCCCCCUCCCUUCAUAUUAAGGGGGUUCUCUCCACCCCCUCACCCUAUUCUUCUAUCCAGAGUUAAGGUUAGAGUGGUUUCCCUAAGCUCUCCUUUCAAUAUCUGGGUUAAGCCAUUGAAAUAUGAACAGGCAAUUAAACAUCUGGGGCAGGCUCAGACAAGUGCCAAAUGAGAAAUGCAGGCUUCGGGGCUAUUUUUCAGAAGAGAGUGAGAUCACGCUGCGCUGGGGUGGUCAGGGAUGCCUGUGUCCUGAGGUGGGCUGUAGGCUGGCAUUUCCAAAAGAGGUUGAAAAGGGCAGGGCAGGGCAGGGCAUGUAUAGAGAGCCAAGAUGGAGGUGAAGGAGUGCCGGGUGGGAGAACCUCUACUUAUGAAAAUUCCAAUCCAGUGAAGUGACACAUUCCAUUUUGGGCUCUGGUUACCUGCUCAGUCUGAAUGACUGCCUGCCAUCCAUCUGAAAAGGAGCUGGUGGGGGGGGCAGGAGCCUGGCUGUUAGGACUUGCUUUGGCAGGACUGCUCAUGUGGGUGGGCUUCAGCCUCAUCAUUUGAUUUCCAAGGGCUCAGUUUCCCCACCUUGAAAACAAAGAGCAACCACAGGCUCUCCAAGAUCCCUGUGACUCAAAGCUUCUGACCUUCCAACCGCCAUAUUGGUCAGCAGCCCCAGGCCUCCCAAUAUACAGGCUGUACUAAGAAAUCAACCAUGCCUGUAAAGAGAAAUGAAGCUUUUCCAUGGUCACCACAAACUUAAUUGAGGAGGAAAAUGACCAAUUCUAUGUGCCAGACGCCAGCUCGGGAGCCGCAUAUUUAGUGAACCAUGAAGACAGCUUCUUGCCCUCAAGGGUUUUGUGGUCGUUGCGUUGUUUCAGGCAUGUCUGACUCGGUGGCAUCCUUUGGGGUUUUCAUUUCAAAGACACUAGAAUGGCUUACAAUUCCUUUCUCCAGCUCAUUUUACAGAUGAGGACAUUGAGGCAAACAGAGGUAAGACUUGCCCAGGGCCACACACCAUUAAAGAUUCUUCCAGGGGAGUGGGAGAAGAACAGGCGUGUAAACAAGCAGGCACACAAUAGACACAGACCCAAGAGAGUGAGAGAAAGAGAUCACGUAGGCAUUGCAGUCUGGCACCAGCGAAUGAGCUGCUCUUCAAGCUCCCUCCUAGACUGGAAAUCUAGACAGAAAAUUCAUGAUUCAAAUCUCUUGCCAAGUAGAGACCAAGAAUGGCCGCCCUUUAGGUCUCGUUUUCCAUGGGUGGCCCUGCUACGCCCAGUCCUGCUACCCUGAGAAAGAACGGGACCUGGAAUUUGUCAAUGCAGCUUUUGCUUCUUUGGCUGGAAAGUUUUCCAGCCUGUUAAAAACCCAAGUCUCUGGAACGUGUCUGGAAAGCUAAUCAAUGUACGUGCCUGCAAAGGCAGAAAGCAACCGCCAGAUGGCGCUGUGUCAUCAUCACUUACUCUGGCUGUCCAUAAGCUAGCGGGAGGACCAAGUCUGCAGGAGGCUGAAUUUCUCUUGGGAUUCUCAGGCUCUCUUAUGUAACGGGCUUGUUUGAAUUCCCUUUCUCCUACUGGGUAUGGCCUGUGUGCUCUGCUCCCCUCCAGGCCGGUGCACUUCUGUCUAAAUGCUAAAGAGCACACAAGCCCAUUUUGGCAGGAGGGCUAUUAGAGCCCUCCGCCAAAGAGAAGAACAUGAAAAAGUCAAGGUCAAGUGGACACACAGACGUCUGGACAAGAAACAAGGCAGCCGGGGAGGCAAGGGAGUGUCAGAACCCCAGCUGAAAGGAAUUGUGACAAGGUUAUUCAGCCAGCAGGGAUAUUUCCUGCAGAUGCACCCAGAUGGGACAAUUGAUGGAACCAAGGACGAGAACAGUGACUACACCCUUUUCAACCUAAUCCCUGUGGGCCUUCGGGUUGUGGCGAUCCAGGGAGUGAAAGCCAGCCUCUAUGUGGCAAUGAAUGGAGAAGGGUAUCUCUACAGCUCUGAUGUUUUCACACCUGAGUGCAAAUUUAAGGAAUCUGUCUUUGAAAACUACUAUGUUAUCUAUUCUUCCACACUUUACCGGCAGCAGGAAUCAGGGAGAGCCUGGUUUCUGGGACUCAAUAAAGAAGGUCAAAUCAUGAAAGGAAACAGAGUGAAAAAAACCAAACCUUCAUCACACUUUGUCCCUAAACCCAUUGAAGUGUGCAUGUACAGAGAGCCAUCGCUGCAUGAAAUUGGAGAAAAACAAGGACGCUCCAGGAAAAGUUCCGGGACCCCAACAAUGAACGGAGGGAAAGUGGUGAAUCAAGAUUCUACAUAGCUGAGAACUCUUCCCUUCUCUGUAUUGCUCCCCUUCCUCCCUUUCCCUCCCUAGCACCCCUUCCCUUCCCCAGAAACCCAUGGAGACAAUAAUACACUGAAGAGGCAGGACUUAGGGGGCUAAGAUUCAGAAUGCAAAUGUGUGUUUGGGACAGAAGAUGAAAUUCCAACUCAAUCUUGCCUGAUUCAAUGUUGUAGAAAUAAACACACACACACACGCACACACACACGCACACACAUGCACACACACACACACACACACACACAAACACAUGUAAUGUGAAGAAAAAGGUCUCCACUGUUAUUUUUAAGGAAACCCUUCACUCUGCUGAGGGGGAGGGAAAGGGUAGCAUUCUGCAUAACUUGAAUAAAGAUGCUACUACAAAAAGAUAGGAUUUAGAGACUUGAACCUCACCCUGGAGGUACUCCACUACCCCCACCACCCCAGACUGCUUGAAUUGCUACAAAAAGCCCUAAAGUGGGGGAAGGGCUGCUUUUGUGUUUUUGUUGUACUCUUUGUGGCUGUCUCUGUAAUUCCCCAUCUUUUUAAGAAGCCUGAAAAUGUGUGGGUUUGUGUUUUCUGUUAAAGCUUCCCAAAUGCCUGCUAAAAGCCCCCUUUUCAGUCCCCUCUUCCCCUAUCUCCCAUCCCCCUUCAUUCAGGCCAUUCUAGCCCAGAUAUUGUUGGACCAGAGAAUGUUAGAUUAUUCAACAUUGGCAGUUUCAUGGUAGAAUGUUGUUUGUUGACAGCAAUGUUUCAGGAAAAAAAAAAGAUUUCUGAUUCUAGGGAUGAAAGCUGAUUCCAUUUAUGAAAAGCGUUAUUAUGGGGUCAUUGAAAAGUCAUUUAGAAAAUUCACUCCUGUCAGAUGAAAGGUAUUUUAGGGAGUCAACUGAAAAUUUCCCCCUAGAAAUUUAAAUAUUUUAGCCAAUCAUUAUAUCUAUCUCCUGCCUUGUGAAAACUGUUGAAAAAGGAGAUGAUGAAUCUCCCAUUUCAGGGUAUGCAUCAAGGGAGUUUUGAAGAAGGGACCCAAGUCCUGACAGAUUGGUAAGGGCAAGUUGUGUUUCAUUCCUCUCCUCUUUGCCUACAGUUAAUGUAUGAGGCAUUACCCAGUGUCGUCUGAGACAUCAGAAAGAGUAUUGCACUUGACGGCUGACUUAGGGCCCUAGAAAUAGCUGACUUUUCCUUCUCUGCUUUGACCAUCUUCUAGCUGGCAAUGGAGAUGUCCCUUGGACCCCUUAUAGAUUCACCAAUUCUCCUGCCUCCUCUCAAUGCCACAGUCAGCCUGGGGAGUCUCAUCCAGUGUGGACUGUGUUCUCAUGGCUAUGUUUAGGAACUCAUUAGGGGAAUAGAAAAGUGGAUCUUUUGGCAUAUGUGGCAUAUGCCAAGGAUAGUCUAUUAGAGUGUUGUUGGCUGAUCGAGCCAAGGAAGCUAGGAGGUGACUAGAGAAGAAAUGGAUCAUCUAAUUAUCUGUAACAGAGCAUAAUGUCUGAUAAAAUCACUGCUGCUUUACACUGGCAGGGGAUGAUAUGAGAGAAGCAGAGAGAGAGAGAGAGAAGGGGUUCCUAUCUGCGAAUCUGGGAUUAUAGACUUAGAACUAGACAGAACCUCAGAGGUAAUCAAGUCAAAACUCCUCAUUUCAUCAACAGGAAACGGAAAGCCUAGAGAUAUGGAAACUUCCCCAAGGUCAUACAGGUCAGAAGUGACAGUGCAUGGAAUUCAAUCCAGGCCCAGGACCCCCUCCUCUAUAGUAUUCUCUCCCUUGGGUCAUCGUGAAAAAUAGAGGUCACCUUGGGAGCUCUUAUUGAGAGAGGAUGGAACAGACUAAUCCAUAAACAUCACCACUAUCCCAUAUGCAUUCUUGCAAGUACAGAACCUAUCGUUCUCUCACCUGCUGACCAACAUCUGGGUGUGUUGCAGAGAUCAUGAUUUUGAGAUGGGCUGCCAUGUGCCCUCAAAAUUACCUUCAUUUCCUUAGCUGUAUACAACUGCUUCCACUCAUCCUAGUUGCUCACGAGUGGUUCUUCUCCUAAGCUAUGUCUGUACAGUUUCCCCUCUUCCUUCACCUCUUAUGUUCUCAAGGCUUGGCCAAAAGUGGAAUGGCAGAAUAAGGCCAAGACCUUACAAGGUAAGAGCUAAGGCUAUGCAUGUAGGACUUUGGCAAUACAAUUUUAAGGAUAAAUGCUUUGAGAUGGCAUAUAAAAACAUUAAACUAUAACUCUUGCUCUCAUAAGAAAAUUACAGUGGGAAGAACUCCACAACUGACCUUACUCCUCUUUGCCCCACUCCAUUCAUCACAAUUGUAUCUGUGCUUUUAACCGCAACAAGCAAUGAGAUUACUGUUAUUAAGAAUGAUGCUUGUUGAAAGGAUGGAGGAGGCUUUUACUGAUUGGGAAAGGGCUCUAUGCGGGAUGCUUUACUUGAGCUUCAAAGAGUUUUCCAACAAUUAUCAGGAAGAAAAACAAAGAGAGAUUGAAAACUGUGAUAAAGACUGAAAGGACAAGAUUUAUUCCAUCCUUUUUUAUAUGAAAAGAUAAGACCAAGAGAGAAUUCAGCCAUCAAGAAAAAGACUAACCCAACUGUAAUGCCAUCCUCUAGUCUAUGUCAUAUAUAUUUAAGCUCAGAUGCAGAGAUUAUUUGUUCCUUGGCUAGUAUAAGUGAGAACAGGAAUACGAAGGACACAAAUUAUAUAGUCUGUUUUUCUCAAUAACUUGAAAUAAAUGUUAAGUUGAAUGAAUCAUUUUGGAAAUGAAAGUGACCUUACCCCCUUGUGCUGGGGCCUGAGCUAUCAGUACAUUGGGAGUGAGGGACCUCCUACUUCAUGGAAGAUGAUUAUCAGUGUAAGUGAGUGUCAGGAGCUUGCACAGCUUCUUGCCAUGCAGUGUUGUCAUGAAACCUAUAUUGGCAGAAAAAAAGGGAAUUCAUCUUUAGUGCUGAUAUUGAAUUGUAGAUAAUCCACCUCCAGUCACUUUUCUGUGUGCUUCCAAACACAAAAAUCCCACCCACCCAACAACUUCUUUAACUUAAUUCCAAGUUAAACAAUCUUCUCAUGGAAAAAAAUAGUUUACUUUCUAGACCUUCCUUACAUUCUUUAACUCAGACAGUCAUUUCCAGGCCUCUUUGUUUUCCUUCUUUCUUUCCCAUUAACCAGUCCAAUCCCUCAGUGAUACCAGACUGUGUUUAAUAGAACCAUUUCCCUUCAGGGACACUCCCUUAACAACCAGGUUCUUCAACAGACCCAAGUAGUUGUGGGUGGAUUGGGAUCCAUGCAUUCUUAGAUAUUCAGUUGAAGCAUUAUCCAGACUCAUGGAGAUGAAAACCAUAUACACAUAUACACACCCUGGGAGACUUACAAGAGAGCUUCUAUUUGGCACAAUUGAUACUGGCCAUUCUUAAAGGUGCUGUUAUUUGGAGUUUUUGAGAGAAAAUGCAAUUUAAAUGUUACUUUUGAGUUCAGAGUUUCUGGGGCUGUGGAAGAUAAAAUGGUAGAGCAUCAGAACCCAGGUGGUCACCACAGCAUUGGGUUAGUCACUGACUUGUUCAUUUGAAUUUCUCAAGAUCUGAUCCUAUAGUAUAUUCCUAGCCCCUCUCUUUCAUCUUAAACACAUUGGCUCAGUAAAGAGAUAGCCUGGUGAUCUAAUGUGGCUCUGUCUGGAGUCUCUUUGAAUCUGAAAUACCUAGAUUGGAAGCCCUAUCACAUUUAACAAGAGUCUUUGUGGAUAGGGUCAAUCCAUGGCCAAUAUAAAUCAUUCCAACUAUCAGUUAGUUGCUGAUGGUGGGAGAUGGUAGAACCACAGGAUGGAAACAAAAGAGGAGGAGCACAUUAAAUUUCUUAUCCUCAGAAAGUUAGAAAAUAUGGAGGGUUUGACCAAGCAUGACUACCCUCAUGAUGUGAUGUCUAGUCUCACUGAAUUUGUGCCCAGUGAUUGAAAUCCUCCCGUUUCUCUCUCCAUGUUCUAGUCCCAUCAACACGCCUUACUUUUCUCGGAGGAGGUUUUCCAUGAUAUUCCUUUGUUUCAGAGUUCUCUUGCUCCAUGUCAUUGGCCCCAAAUGAUGCUCAUCCCCUCCUAACCACAUCCCAAAGGCUAACAUGCCUCCUCUGUCCAAAAUCUGUAAAUAGCAUUUUUUAACAGGAACAUAUUUAAAAAAGGUGGAUUGUUCUACAAAUAUAUAUGUACAUAUAUAUGCAUCUGAAAUAAGGAUAUAAUAUAUAGAGUUUUUUAUUUGUUUGAUUUGUGGUCUUUAGUCAUAGGUAUAUCAAAGAAUCAAGAGAUUUGAAUGCAAAACUUUAUAUAUAAAUGUAUAUUUCUACUGAUAGCUCAACAUGCCACUUUCUAAUAAACAUGUAACAGGUAGGGGACACUGAAAAAAAAAAAGCACACGCUCCUUCAGAACUUAGGUGAUUCUGGGUCCCACUCAUUGGUGAGGAAGUGCAUUCUUAUUUUUUUAUUUUUAAAAUGUUAUCUCUGUCCUGGAAAGCAAUACUUCCUGGUCCAGACUCCUUGAUGAAGCCAAAAACAAUGUGAAAUGAAUGAGACUUGAGAGCGCAUGUUUGGUAUGGGAGCAUGUUUUAACAGGCUAUUUCACAACCCUCCCCUCUUCCCCCUUCCGGAGAUUUUCCAAUGUAAGAUUAAGACUAAAAAGUCACCGCUUAUCAUGUCAACUCAAACAAGGGUUUUUGACUCAGAAAUCAAAGCCUGGGCUUGGCUAGCAAAUUGAUUUGAAAGAUAAUCACAAAUGCUUGCAUUAAACUUAAUGUUAUAAAAAAAAA